UAGACAGUAAAAGAAAGGUGAACACCCCUAAAACCACCAAAGGCGUUUCAUACUGCUCUUAUUUCAGGAAAAUAAUAAUCCACCAAGCCAAACGACCUUUCACUCUCAUUUAGAUGAACUGCUAUAAAGCUGUUUUGUUAUUUUUCGUCAAUUCCGCCCUCUAUUCGAUUUCCUGGAAAAUAGUUGGCAGAGAAGGCUCGUUCGAUUUAGACAACAAUAUUGUUUUUUAUAAAAUGUUUUAACGAGAUUCACUCGGGUUUCGGCGCUCUGUCGGCGCAUUGGCCUGGAACACAUUGGCCUGUCAGCAGCUUUGGUACAGGACCACACUUAGAUUCGCGUAAAUGUUACAGCCUGCAAUCUUCAAACCGUCAUCUUCCAGUCUGUUCGUGACCGAAGCUGACAAUUUUAUGCAGAAAAAGAAACCUUCAGGAAUGGUUGCAAGGGGAACAAGAGCAAGAGCUCAACAUGAGAGGGAUGAAGCAGAAGUUAAACAAAUCCAACAGUCCCAAACAGUUCUCUACCCAUGGGCCCCGGCUGAGGACCUGCGUUUCAUCACUACCACCUUUCAGCAUCUACACACUUCAGGAUGGUACUGGGGUGGUCUGACAGCCAGUGAGGCAAGGGAUGCCCUCAUUGGAGCUCCAGAAGGUACUUUCCUUGUGCGUGACAGCAGCCAUCCACUCUACCUCUUUACCCUCUCCGUGAAGACCCAGAGAGGCCCCACUAAUGUCCGUGUAGAAUACGACAGUGGCCGAUUCCGUCUCGAUUCCAGUUUUCCUGCACGAUCUUGCCUGUUGUCCUUUUCUGCUCUUCCUAGUCUUGUGCAGCACUAUGCAUCCACGAGUCAAGAGAAGGAUAGGAUAGCAGAAGAACAUUACAUGGUGUCAAAGGACAAAGGCAUUCUGCUGAAGCUCAGGAAGCCUCUUCACAGGCCUCGGGAUUUUCCAACAUUACAGCACCUCACACGCCUCACUAUAAACAGACACACUGAUUGCCAGACACAGCUGCCGCUGCCACGGCCGUUGUUGCUUUACUUGCAAGAAUAUCCCUUUCAAGUGUGAGGACACUUGGGGAGGACACCGGUGCAUUCGGUGCAUAGGGGGUUCGUUUUUGCCAUGCUUCCUGCUUCAUUUUGUUAUUGUCAUAUGAAGAGAUGCGCAUUUGUGCAAUUAACAAGGACUACUUUGUGUACAUUUUUAUUUUUAAAUAUCUGUAAAUAUAUCUAUUUUUAGUAAACCAAAAUGUUUCUAUA